UUCCAACGCUUUUUUUCUAUUAUAAAAUGUCUUCUAAAUUUAAUACGUUAGAACGAGAAAAAUUAUUUCUUAAUCCAAGUUCAAAUAAAUUUGGUUACCCAGAAUUACAAAAAUUAGUUAAACCUCAUAUUGAUUCAUUUAAUUCUUUAUUAGACCCUCCUCGUCAAGGAUUGCUAAAUUUUGCUAUUGAUGAUAUUGGUACACAGGAAAUUUUUGACAAACCUAAUAAUAGUCCCGAAAGAGGGAAUAAAUUGUCAAUAUGGAUAGAUGAUGUUAUAAUUGCAAAACCACUUUUACCCGAAAGUGUUCGUCUUACAACGUCAAGACAAAUUUAUCCUUCAGAGUGUCGAGAAAGAUUAACCACAUAUGCAGGAAAGAUGUCUAUAAAAGUAUGUUGGCAAGUAAAUGAUGGUCCUGUUCUUGCGGAAUAUAGACCCGUGGGUAUGUUACCUAUCAUGGUUAAAUCAAAUAGAUGUAAUCUACAAAAUCUUUAUCCAAAACAACUUAUACAACACAAGGAAGAGUCAGAAGAAACGGGUGGUUAUUUUAUUAUAAAUGGAAUAGAAAAGAUGAUUCGUCUUUUAUUAAUACCGAGACGUCAUCACGUGAUGGCACUUGCUCGUUCUUCUUUCGCGAACCGUGGAGCAAAUUAUACAGAAUAUGGAGUACAAAUUCGUUGUGCAAAACUUGAUCAAACAACUGUUACGAAUACUAUGCAUUAUUUAAAAGAUGGUAAUUGCUUAAUAAGAUUUACUUGGAAAAAACAAGAAUUUAUGGUUCCUGUUUUAUUAAUCAUGAAGUCUCUUAUUGAAGUUACCGAUAAAGGAAUAUAUGAUAUGUUGGUUCAGGGAGAACAUUUAAAUACAUUCUUAUCAGAUCGCGUAGAAUUUAUGCUUUACAAUUUUAAAUCAUACAAUGUUCAAUCACGUGAUCAAUGCGCAACUUUAUUGGGUGAUAAAUUUCGUGUCACAUUCUCACCACCAUCGUAUUAUACUAAUAAACAAGUAGGAGAUUACGUUUUGAAUAAGGUCAUUCUAGUUCAUCUUAGGACGAACAAAGAUAAGUUUAAUCUCUUAACGUUUAUGAUACGUAAACUUUAUUCAUUAGUCGCAGGAGAAUGUUGUCAAGAUAAUCCUGAUUCACCACAGAAUCAGGAAAUACUUUUAGGAGGUCAUCUUUAUGGGAUGAUUAUAAAAGAAAAACUUUCUGAUUAUCUUAAUUCCAUACGAGCGGCCGUAUCUAUGGAUGUUAAUGCAAAAAAAAAAGUGGAUUUUAAUGAUAAAAAAUAUAUGAAUAGUCUUCUCACAAAAAACAAUACUGAAUUUGUGGGACAAAAAUUAGCUUACUUUCUUGCUACGGGAAAUCUUAUUUCUAAUACUGGAUUGGAUUUAAUGCAGACAACUGGAUAUACAAUUAUUGCAGAAAAAAUCAAUUUUUUCCGAUUCAUUUCACAUUUUCGAUGUGUACAUCGUGGAUCAUUCUUUACUACAUUGAAAACUACUACUGUUAGAAAAUUAUUGCCCGAAGCAUGGGGAUUCCUUUGUCCAGUUCAUACACCAGACGGAACACCUUGUGGAUUACUUAAUCAUCUUUCACAUACAUGUAGAGUAAUUACCGAAACAGUAAAGGUCAAUAAGAUUCCAGAGAUGUUAGCAGAACUAGGAGUUUCCAUUAAUGUUUUACAACAAGCACUUUCCGAAGGUCCGCCAUUAUGUGUGCAGUUAGACGGAAAAAUAAUUGGAUAUUGCACUAAUAGACAAGCAAAGAUAAUAGCGAAUGAAUUGAGGAGACGAAAAUUUGACAAGACCAAACCAAUUCCUUUAGAUCUGGAAAUUGGUUAUGUCCCACCUUCAAAUGGGGGUCAAUAUCCUGGAAUUUAUUUAUUUUCCACUCCAUCGCGUAUGAUGCGUCCUGUUAAAUAUCUUUUCAAUAAUAAAACCGAUAUGAUUGGUUCUUUUGAACAGGUAUAUAUGGACAUUGCUUGUCUGAAUGAAGAUAUUAUAAAAGGUGUGACAACUCAUCAAGAAUUUGCUCCGACAAAUGUACUGAGUAUCCUUGCAAAUCUUACACCAUUCUCUGAUUGCAAUCAAAGUCCUCGUAAUAUGUAUCAAUGUCAGAUGGCAAAACAAACAAUGGGUACACCAUCAACAUCUUUAAGAUAUCGAACAGAUAACAAAUUAUAUCGAUUACAAACAGGCCAAUCACCAAUUGUUCGAUCUGGACUUUACAAUACCCUUGGUUUUGAUGGAUUCGUUAGUGGCACAAAUGCAAUCGUGGCUGUAAUCUCUUAUACAGGAUAUGAUAUGGAAGAUGCUAUGAUCAUAAAUAAGUCAGCACAUGAACGAGGGUUUGCAUAUGGUACUAUUUACAAAUCAGAGAUAGUUGAUCUUAAUGAUGAACGAGAGCGUGGUGAACCUAUUAAACACCAUUUUAGUCUUGGAGAGGAUGCAUCCCCAGCAUGGCGUGAAAAACUUAGUAAUGAUGGCUUACCUCUAAUUGGAGUUAAACUAACAAAUGGAGACCCUUUGUGUGCUUAUUAUGAUGAUACAACUAAAGUCACGAAAAUUAAAAAAUAUAAAGGGACAGAAGAUGCAUAUGUUGAGGAAGUUCGAUUAAUUGGAGAUGAUGCGGGUAAAGAAGAAGUUCAAAAGGUUCAUAUUAAAUUAAGGGUUCCAAGACCUUCGGUUAUUGGUGAUAAGUUUGCUUCUAGGCACGGGCAAAAAGGUGUUCUUUCACAAUUAUACCCUCAGGUAGACAUGCCUUUUACUGAAAGUGGAAUGCAACCAGAUAUUAUUAUCAACCCACACGCGUUCCCUUCCCGUAUGACAAUUGGUAUGUUUGUUGAAAGUUUAGCAGGAAAAUCUGGUGCAUUAUAUGGUGUUGCACAAGAUUGUACUCCGUUUAAAUUUAACGAAAACGAUACAGCGGUUGACUAUUUUGGUAAACAGCUUGUACGUGCUGGAUAUAAUUAUCAUGGUAAUGAACCCAUGUAUAGUGGAAUUACUGGUGAAGAAUUUCAAGCUGAUAUAUAUAUUGGAGUUGUAUAUUAUCAACGAUUACGACAUAUGGUGUCCGAUAAAUGGCAAGUGAGAUCUACCGGUCCUGUUCAUAAUCUUACAAUGCAACCUAUUGGUGGACGUAAAAAAUCCGGUGGUAUUAGAUUUGGAGAAAUGGAACGUGAUUCUUUAUUGGCUCAUGGAAUGAGCUUUUGUCUUCAAGAUCGUUUAAUGAAUUGCUCAGAUUAUUCUCAAUGUCAUUUAUGUUCAAAAUGCGGUACUAUAUUUACAGCAUUAAUAUCUAAAGAACACGAAACGAGAAAUGAUGUUAAAUAUAAGAAACACCACAUGAUAUGUAAAAUUUGUGAUACUUCAAAAUAUAUAUCACUUAUAAAAAUUCCUUUUGCUUUUAGAUAUCUUGCAACUGAACUUGCAAGUAUGGGUAUUAAGAUUACAUUAGAAUCGAAGUAUUAAAAAUAAUAUUUAUUAAUUUAAAUUAUAAAACCACUAAUAAUAAUAAUUUACCAGAAUAACGAUCACGUGAUUUUUUGCGUUCGUUAAAACCCAGAAUUCCAACGUGUUUUGUAAUAUUUUCAUACAAAAAGUCAUUGUAUGUGAAUUCUUAAAUAACACUAAUUUUUUUUUUUUUAAAAAAAAUAUAUUAAAAGAAUUGUACAUAGAAAUAUAAUUUAUGAA